AUGUUCACACCGCAGCACAGGUCCUCUCCUUCAACAUUUGCCAAGACAGUUCCAAAACCAGAGGGCAAUGAGAGCGACAAGAAGUUGGCUCAAACUUCGAUUCCUGUAUCUUCAUCACACGAAAAGAGCAUCUCUGUCUACCCGGCGGACACGUUCAUGCGCGAAGAGCAGCAGCUUGAGAGCUUGCGAUACAGCAUCUUUUCUGAGCCAUCCAAGUCAGCGACCGAGAUGGUUCCUGACUGCAUUCAGAUCUUCGAGGACGAGGAGAAGAAACUCUACGCGGCCGCAGCUCCCGGGAGCUUGGAGAAGGAUCUAGACGAAGAUAAGAAGACGCUGAUGAAGAAGAUAAGAGAAGAGCUGCUGCUGUUCAACCCCGAGAAGACCGUAGUGCUGGAGGGCUUGCGCGAGCUGGCUGAAAACUUCAGAACGGAGUUGAUAAUGAAGGAGCGAGAAAUACAGACGAUGGUAGAGGAGGCGCAGAGGCUAGAGAGUGAAAGGAAGGUAGAAGUUAAUGCCGAGCAGCAGGAGCAGAUUAAAGGAUUAGAAGUCACAGUCAAGACUGCAUCUUCCAUAGGAAAGACCCCGGAGGAAGCAGCGGCUACGGUCAUCCAGCUGACCAAGAGCAGAGCAUCGCUGGAGGCAGCAAAGAAGCACAUUACGGAGCUAGAGGAGAAGGUUGUUGAGCUGCAGAAUCAGAAGAAACAGGAAGAGCAAAUGCUGCGGGAGAAGAAAGCGCAGAUUGAAUCGGAGCUGAAUGAGGCGCUUGCACACUUCGGACCGGAGAAAUUCAAAGAGAUCACAAGGGAGCUGCAGGAAACGAUCCACGAGCUGAAGAUCACGAAAGAAAACCUCAGGUGGUGA